AUGUCCUCCCAACAACAACAACAACAACCAAAUCUUCCCCGCACGUGCGUCCGUUUGAAAAUUGCCAAGUGUUCCACUCGGAGGAAGGAAUGGAAAUUUUAUGAAAAUCGUUUUAAAGCAUUGACUAGUUGUAGUAAUAGCACGGAACAAUGUGAAGAUUUAGAAGAAUGGACUCGCUUGCUUUCAAAAAUAAUUCCAUCGGAAAAGUAUCUUUUUCAAUCAAUGAAAAAUGAUGAUGAGAAGGAAGGAUUGAUUGGAGAAUCUCGUGAGUUGGGUUUAAAAAUUGGAACUUUUAACGUCUUGUUUGAUUUGGUGCCGUUUUUUAUUAAACCCAUCAUUCGGUCGAGACAACGCUACGCAUACACAGUUCAGUUAUUGAAACAAGAAAAUUUCGAUAUUCUUGUGUUGAAUGAAGUUACUGCAGAGUUUUUGAAAAUCUUGCAACAAGAUGAGUUUUUCAAAACGAAUUACUAUUUUAGUGACAUUUUUAAAGUUGAAAAUGAUCAUUCAUUUGGCAGCUUGAGAACAAGUGACACUUUGAAUGAAUCAUUAGGAAGAAAAAUGGGAAACUUAAUUCUCUCAAAAUAUGCUCCAGAUUACAUGUAUAUGGAAUUGAAAAUCCAUGAAAGUCGUCCAGUGAUUUAUGCCUUCUUUUCACAUGUGCCCAAAAUGCAUUCGAACAUGUUCAAUAAUAGAACUACCGUCACCGAUCAUUCCUCACAGUUAUGUAUCAUUGGAGCACAUACUACUGCCAUGACAGAAUUUGCAAUGAAGCGGCGGCAUGAAUUAUUGGCCAUCAUUUCUCAUCCAUUGUUGCAAAGAGCUACAAAAAAUGAUGAAGGUUCCACUAACUCAAAAUUAGAUGUUAUUUUAAUGGGAGAUUUAAAUUUGCAUGAUGAAAAGGAAGACGUUGUCAUUUCUGAUAUGAAUUUUAUUGAUGCUUGGAAUGAGACACGAACUUCGAAAGGUUACACAUUUGAUUCGAGUUUGAAUGAUUUGGUGCGAUGGAUGUUUUAUGGAAUGGAAAUUCGAAGAAUGAGAUUAGACCGUAUAUUAAUGCAUGAAUCGAGCUUGUGUGCUCCAUCUUGCAAAGUUAAAUUAUUUGCCAAUCGGCCGUUGAGAGAAUUGUUUUUUAGCAACAAGAGAUCUUUGCCACAUCAUCAAGAGUUGUUGAAUGAGGUCACGAAUAAUGAUGAACCCCGGAUUACUAAUCGUGCCAAAUGGAGAGUGCCAUUGUGGUGGAAGAUCGUUCGUUUCUGUUUGAAUGCUUCUUCCUUAAUGAAGGUGGAUUCUGGUUAUGACUACUUGUUUGCUUCUGAUCAUUUUGGAUUGAAAAUGAGAGUGGUUCGAUGUGACAAUGAGCAAGAGAGAGAUGAAUUGAGACGUCGAGUAUUGGCGAGAGAGAAUAAUUAUUGCGAUUUUGAUGAAACAAACGGAGUAGAUGAAAAGGACCAUGAUGGAAUGGAGGAUGGAGGUCCUUUUUCAAAUCAUCGAUUUUAUGUGGUUGUGACAAGCUUCAUUCUUUUGGAUUGUUGUGGUUUUCUUGCCAGGUGGCUAUUCUAG